AGAAAAAAAAUAAACGACGUUUAAAUGACGCAUUUUAGCAAAAUGAUGUAAUAUAUGAAUUAAACACAUUGUUUGUUUUCUUUUGCGGUUACAACGAAGAUAAGGAUUUUGAUAAUUUGCGGCAAUUGUGCAUCAGCUGUGAUGAGCGAUUCCGGUUUGACAUUGCUUUAUUUAAGAGAGGAAAUUUAUUAGCACUUUCAACUCGUACAAAAUUUUUUGUGCUGCAAGCAUGAGCGCUGUAGACUAUCUUGAAGUGAUCGCCGAACCUUCCGGCGCGACCGACAAUUCCAGAUUACAAAUUUGUGCUGGGCCUUCGGACCCGAAUUCGGCCCGACUGCCGCUGCCGACGAGAGUUUUCUCCAAAAUGUCCACCAAGAGUUGUUCGACGAGAAACCUGAAGAUCGCCUUUGCCGUGAUUUUGAUUUCCUUCUUCAUCGGCACCGCCCUCCUUAAUUAUUUCCUCUUUAAACUCAAAACCUUGGAUCUGAUUGAAACUAUUGAAACGAAAAAUGAUGAGCUAAUGAGGACCAUUAAUGAGACUGAAACUGCCCAGCGCCUCCAUCAGUUGGAAAAUAGAGAUUUGAUAGAAAACGCCAAGAAGGAUUUUAACCACAGGCUGGACGCAUUUGCCAAGAGCCACAAAAUUUUGACAGCAAAACUGGUCAAAGUUGAAAAACUCGCCGACCGCCACUCUCAGACCUUGCAAAGAUUCUUGCCUCACUGCAGCCUUGCUCGAUCAGCAAAAUUGUGACGCUCUCUAACGGCAAAAACUACAAUUUUUCUCUUCCAAAUGUGGGAAACUGGAGUUUUGCCAACGAAUCUUGCGCCAAGCAGGGUCUUCACUUGGCCACCAUCACGGAUUCCAGAGAUGCCCAAGUGGUGGCAGCACAAGGCGAAAAGAUCAAGCCUGGUUGGGGUUGGUGGGUUUCGGGAAAAAGAGGAAGUGAAAAGGACUUCCGCUGGCAAGAUGGCGCCAAGUUGGAGUUGAACAGUCCGUUGUGGUACGACGAAGCGGACAAGUCAAAGGAUUGUGUUCGUAUCCACGAUUGGAAAACCAAAGGAAAACUUUACACGUUUGAUUGCACCGAUAGUUUUCGGCCUUUCAUUUGCGAACUGCCCAGCGAGUGCUACUCAUGAUUGGUUUUAAAAUUUAAUUAUAUGCAGAGAAAUUAAUUAAUGUUGAUUGUCUUUGUUAGCCUCUUCUGUAUGUUUUGAGAAUAAAAAAUACU